AUGAAUGCAAAAAAUAUUGAGAUUAAGCAAAAUGUUUUCUUAUCGGACAUUUUUUGCGACUCGGAUAAUUUAAAAAAUUUAAUAAGAGUAAACCCUAAAAAAAGGGUACGGGAAAAAAACAAAGAAAAGAAUUACUUGCCGGCCCAGCAUUUUUCCUACGACAAAGAGGGUGAUGAUGACAUUUUUAAAAUAGAAGAAAAUUACGAUAGGGACUUUUCAUCAAAGGAAAAAAAAUGCAAGCUGUUCGUGCCAUUCAAAAAUAAAAGGGAAAGAGAACCUAGAUUUAUUACCAUAGAAAAGGUAAAAAAGAAAUACAAAAGUAUCAAUAUAUACGAUGUAUUGAAUGAUAAAAUCAGCUGUCUCCAUUCGGAUGAAGUUAAUUACAAGUGGGAAGACAUAAUAAACUACGAGGAUUCUUCUUUUGAUAUAUUCACAAUUGACGAAAUAGUAAAAGAAUUGAAAGAAGAAGAGAAUUCAGAGGAAGAAAUAAGCGAAAAAGGUGAAGAAAUAGAAAAAGACAAAGCGUCAAAAGAAGUAGAUAAUGAUAAUAUAAAAAAAAAAAAAAGUAUAAUUCCAUUUAAGGCAAAAGGAGUAAUUUCACAAGAAAUGAAAAUUUUCCAAAGUGUUUUUGAUGACAUAUAUAUAUAUGACUAUGAUUAUGAUUCGAAUUUAUUUACGGUAAAAAAGAAAACAUCUAAUGAAUUUUUUGAAAUUCAUAGAAUGCAAUUUUUUUUUACAAGCGAAAACCCAAUAUUAUAUGUAGAAAAAAUAUUUAAUGCUAUUAAGAAUAGAUCUGCUAAUUUGAAGAGAAAGGCGUACUAUGCAGAAAUUGAUAACAAGUUUACAAACUUCAAUUGCAUAAUGAAUGAUGUCCAUGAAAUUACAGAAAACAAUUUAAUCAUAAAAAAUUCAAAUGAUAUUCAAAAUAUUGCAAACAAUUUAAAUAAUUUCUGUAAUAUAUGGCUAGGAAGAAGAAUUUGCAAUAAUAAAAUUUUUCAGUUUUCCGACAAAUUAAACAAAAGGGGAAAAAAGGACAUAAAAUAUUACAAUUACGAUUUUGAGAAUAAAAAGAAUAUUAUUAAGCAGUGUGUUCUCCUGGAAAACAAAAAAGUCAUUAAAACCUUUUUGGAUAUAAUAAAGAAAUGUGCCUUGAUUAAAAUUCCUAUAUUUGACACUACUAUUUCCAGUCCCUUCGAGAUUAACGACUUUUUCCAAGCACAAAAUACAUCCGUUUUGAAGUCCUUCGAGCAGGUUAACAACACCUGGAUGGAUGACAUAAAAUCGAUCAUAGAAGAGAACCUAAAAAAUUGCACAAAAGGGAACUACAACUUGAAGGAUAUAUCUGUAGAGACAUUCAAAUACACAAAAAUAAGAAUUUUUUUCAACAUAUUAAAAUUAAUUAUUGAAAAAAAAAUAAAUGAAAUACUGAUUAGCAACGUGGACGAAUUUGUAAAUAUAUUUGUGCAAAAUAUCACAAGUUAUAAGAACAACAAGAAUUACAUACCAAUAUUCGUAAUUAAUGUAACAAAAAAAUUUGAUUACUCCAGAUUUAUAUUAGAUAACAGUCCUAUUUCUUUUUUUGAAAAAAUUGAAGAUCUCCUAUUUUCAACAUUGAUAAAAUAUCAACAAAUAGAAAAAAUUGAAAAGUUAGUAAUACCACAAGUAUUUAAAAAUGACAAAUUUAUUUUUUAUAAAUCCAUGAAGGAGAGUGAUAAAUUCAUAUGUGAAAAGUUAUUGCAAAUAAAGCAUAUUUUUGACGAAUCUAAAAACAUCAUAGAUAAUUAUUUAUCCAAAAUUAACAAGCAUUCAGACAUUUUAAAUUUUAAUGUUAAUGAAGCUAUUAAAAACAUUGACAUAAAUACAAGUGUUGAGCAUAUUCAAAAUAUUAUAAACAAAAAUGUAGACAAGAUACAGAACAUCAAUGAGACCAUUGAGGAUAACAUCAAUUUGGGUAUCUUCCGUGUUAAAUGUAAAGAUAUUAAGCUUUUUAUUAUAAGUGAAAUUAAUAAUUACAUUAAGGCCUUGAUCAAUAUUAUUGUUCAGAGAUACAAAGAAAAAUAUACUUCAAAUCUAAUGUUUUACAAUUCUAUCAUUGUGAGACUAAAAAAAAAGACAAACAUAAUUCAAGACAUAUACGAAAAAGAGGAGUAUAUAAAAGACAUGAAAAAAAGUCUUGAUUUUGUUUCACAUGACAUUAAAGAAAUAAACAUACUCUUUAACUGUUUGGAUAAAUUAAAUUACAAAUUUUCAAGCGAUGAUUAUUUGUCCUAUUGGAAGAUAAUAAACAGACCCAGCAAAAUAGAAAAGAUGGUGAAAGAAGUUAAUGAACAUAUAAUUAAACAAAAAAAUGUUUUAUUAGAAGAACUAAUAAAUGACGAAUCGAAAUUUCAGAGCAGCAUUGUUGACAUGAAAGAAAAUGUACAAUCCAUUAAAAGUUUCAACGAUGAAACUAACUAUUUAAGUAUUAAUAAAUUUAUCUUGACAGUACAGAAUCAGCUAGCUGUUUUGAUAAAAGAGUCCAAGGAAAUUAAUUAUCGAGAAAAACUCUUCAAUAUAGAAAUAUCCGAUUUUUCGAUACUUCUAAGAAUUCAAAAUGAAUUAAACCUAUACUACACCUUUUGGCUGGUAUACAAAAGCAUAAAAUCUAUGGAUGAACGAUUUGACAAAAAAAUAAAUUCCUUGAAUCAUAAAAAAAUAGAAGAUGAUUUUAACUUGAUUCUUAAAAAUAUGAACAAAAUUAACAAGCAUGCCAAUGAAUAUUAUAAAAACAAAAACAGUUUAAUAAAAAAAAUGAACGAGAAAUUAACAUUCUUUAAUUCAUACGUUUCGCUGUUAAUUUCUUUGAGAAAUCCAAGUAUAAAAGACAGACACAAAGAUCAGAUAGCUCAAAUUAUUGAUGAAAAAAACAGCAUUGAUUUCAACACGAUAACAUUUAACGAAUUGUUGAAGUUGAAUAUAAAGAACAAAAUAACUAGUAUUAUUAAUAUUUGCGAAAAGGCAAACAAAGAAAAUUCUAUUGAGAAGUUUUUGGGGAAAAUAAAAAACAAUUUCAACAAAAUUGAGUUUCAAAUGAAACAGGAAGAAAACAACAAGAUAUACAUAAUAUCCAACAUGAAUGAAAUAUUAACAAAAAUAGAGGAAAAUCUGGUCUUAAAUCAGAAUCUUCUCAUAAUAAACAUUUACGAGAUUUAUCACAUCGACAUAAUUAAUAACCAAAACAUGAUGAUAAAUGCAAACAAUAUUAUAAACACACUGAAGAAAAGCCAGAACCUGUUUUUGUAUCUCAGCAGAAUUUUUGUACUGACAGACAUAUCAAAACAACUGGCAAAUGAAUCCAAAAAGUACAAGCUAAUUUACAGCAAUUUUCUUAACUUGUACAAAUUAAUCGAAGAAGACAAAAAGUUAGAGAAAUUUUGCGCAAGAAAAGAUACGAAAGAAAAGCUAGCUGAGUUAUAUAACAAUUUAAACCUACUUCUAAAGAGUAUAAAUGAGUAUCUAGACCUGAAAAGGGAAAUUUUUAACAGAUUCUAUUUCCUAAGCACAGAUGACUUAAUCAAUUUGAUAUCAUCAAAUAUAAAUGAUCAAAUUAAUACUUACCUAUUUAAAAUAUUUAACAGUAUAUACAAACUCGUAAUCAUAAAUGGACACAUCGUAGCUUUUCAAUCACAGAGAGGUGAACAGCUGAACCUAUGUAAUGAAAUUCAAAUAGAAAAAAAAGAGAUUACACAAAUAUUGGUGCAAGUGGAGAAAGAAAUGUUUUUUAGUGUGAAAAAACAAAUAUAUGAUAGUAUAUUAGAAUAUAAAAAUUUGAUAGACAUAAAGGAAGAUGAUUUUUUAAAGAGUAAUAAUGAAAUUAAGAAUUACGCAAAAUGUAAUUCAGAUGAUUACAAUUCUGCUGAUUCUUCCAGUACCUUUUCCUCUUGUGACAGUUUGUUGAAUGAAGCUUCCUUUACUUGGGGGGAGGAUGCACGAAUGCACCCCAAUAUAGAGAGAGGAACCAUCCAUGAUAGGAACGAGACACAUAAUCGAAAUGCAUCAUGUGAGAAAGCUACAGAACAUAAUAAGACAAACACGGAAAGGAGACAAGCCCUAGCACAUUCAUAUGAACACGUGAAUCCCCAAAUUAUGUUUUCUCUUAACAAGAAUAGUCAAUUCGUACUGAUAAUAAAAAACUUGUUUUGGUCUAACUUAGUAGAAAUGUUCUUAAAAUAUAAUAACUUAGGAAAAUAUAAAAAGAUCUUGAAUGAAGAACUGUAUGAAUAUAUAAAUAUAAUAAACAAAGUAGACAAAAAAAAAAGUGUUCUCCUCCACACGUUAAUUAUAUCAUUAGUCCACAAUAGAGAUAUAUUAGAAGAAUUAAUUAAAAAAAGAGUAACAGAUGUUAAUAACUUUAAUUGGUUAAUUCAAUUGAAAUAUUUUUAUUAUAAUAAAAAUUUAUAUAUAAAAUAUUUAAACGAGUCCUACAUUUAUGGAUAUGAAUAUAUUCAUAAUGAUAAUAAAAUCAUCUUGACAAAUUUAAUAAAUAAGUACUUUAUUUCUAUAUUACAUUCGUAUAGCUCCAAAUUGGGAAUAUGUUCUGUAGGAUUAGCAGGAACUGGGAAAACAGAGACCACCAAAUAUUUUUCAAAAUUUGUAGGGAAAUUUUACUUUGUAUAUAACUGUAGUUGUAAUAUAAAUUUUGAUUUUUUGAAAAAUUUAUUUUUUGGAAUUGCAACAAAUGGAAUAUUCUUCUGCUUCGAUGAAUUUAACAGAAUAUCCAUUGAGGCACUCAGUGUCCUCGCUCAGCAGUUAUGUAAUUUGUUCAGUGCCAAAUCUAAGAAGUUUGUUAUGAACAGCUUUACGAGGGGGGCACAGAGCGGAAGCUUUGGACAGGAUCUCGAACAGAUUGGAAAUUCUGAAAACACCGUGGGUGUUAAUAAUAACAAUGAUGAUGCCGAUGAUGACGAUGCUGAUGAUGAUGAUGUCGAUGAUGACGAUGAUGACGAUGAUGACGAUGACGAUGUCGAUGUCGAUGAUGACGAUGCUGAUGCUGAUGUGGAUGAGAAUAACCAUAGUAACAAUGAAAACAGUGAGUUUGGAGAACAAGGAAAAAUACCUAAAACACACAAUUUAAAAAAAAAAAAACAAGAAGAUACUGAACCCAGGAAGAUGUUGUCCCAUCGAACAGGAGGAAGAAAGUACGCCAAAAAAAACUUGCUUUUUUUUGAAGGCAAAUAUAUAAAAGUUAACGAAGAAUUUAACAUUUUUAUUAUAAUAAAUCCUUUUUAUAAAGGUAGAAGUGCACUGCCAAACAAUAUCAAAGCCUUGUUUCGAUUUUUUAAUUUUAUUAAACCAGACUUUUUUACUAUUGUAGAAGUUAUGUUAUACUCCAAAGGGUAUAAAUAUAGUAAAAUAUUGUCCAAAAAAAUUAUCCUAUUAUUUGAAUUUUGUGAACAUAAUUUAAGCUAUCAAAAACAUUAUAAAUACGACUUGAGAACUGUUAAAAAAAUUACCUAUGUUAUGGGGAAAAUUAUUGUAGAUAAAGACAACAAUAAUCACAAUAAAAACAUUUUCUAUGAAUAUAAAUUUUUAUUCAUUGCUAUUAUUGAAUGCAUAAUGCCUUCUAUAGUAAAAAAUGACAUUUAUAUUUUCCUUACUAUACUCAAAAAUAUUUUCUAUGAAUUGUAUGCCUACAAUCAGUCUCUCAACCCAUCGAAAAAGAUUCACACUCCUAUUGAUUUAAAGCAUAUCUUGUCUAGUAAGAGAAACAAUGAUAACAGUAUUCUCAUGUAUUUGAAAAGCUUUUACUGUAAUAUGACGAAUGAUCAAAGGGAAGUUACAAAUAAAUCUAACAGGGGAAUCAAUGGAAACGAGAAUGGAGAAGCAAAGUUCACACAAUACAAUGAUGGUGAUGCAAUGGAAGAAUGUCAGACUAUGCAAAAUAGAAGAGAUGAUGUAAAUGGAUUCGGGAUGGAAAUAUCAAAUGAAGUGUCCAUCUAUACUGAGAAGGGAGAAAAUGAAAAUGAUUGUAAUAACAAAAAUAGGAUAGCAAAAACAGCUCUUGAAGAUAAUGAUCGUAAAAGCGAAAGGACCCUUUUGGGAAACACAAGGAAGGAAGAAAAUUACAAAUUGAGCAAAUCAUUUUUAAGCAAAAAAGAAAUAGUUGAAGAUUACUUAAAGAGAAUGAUAAAAAAGAAAAUGUUAGAACUGAAUUAUGUAUGCACAGAUAGAUAUGUAAGUAAACUAAUUCAGCUAUAUAAUAUGAUAAAAUUUCAUACAGGGAUAUUAUUUCUUUCAUAUCCCUUAUCCAAGACAACAUCGUAUAAAAUUUUAAAGAGAACAAUAAAUACCAUCAACGAUAGAGAAAUAAUAAAAAGGAAAAUGCAUGACUAUGUUAUAAAUGCAAAUGUUAUGCGAGAAAUGGACAUGCUUGGAUUUUAUGAAGAAGUUUCAAAUAAAUGGGUUCAUGGAAUUUUAACAAAAAAAAUAUUAGAAAUAAAUUCAGAAUAUGAUAGUAACGAUUAUCUUAACAUUAUAUAUUUUGAUUGUUAUUUACAUUCCCUAUGGAUAGAAAAUUUAAAUUCUGUAUUAGAUGAAUCAAAAAUUUUAUGCUUGUCCAAAUGUGAUAUUAUCCCCAUUUAUGAGCAUACCAGGUUUAUAAUGGAAACAUAUGAUUUGAAAGACAUAACAAUGGCGACAAUAAGUAGAUGUGGUUUAAUAAUUUUAAAUAAUUAUGAUUUGAAUAUUGCUUCGUAUAUCUGUUCAUAUAUAAAUUCGUUAACAAACAACUUUGAUGUCAUUCAUAAGCAUAUUUUAUUAAAUUUGUUUAUAGUAUUUUUUUACAAGGCUUUACUAUUCAUAAGUAUUAAUAAUUUGUUUAUUUACACAUUUAAUGAAUACUAUUAUUGUAUUUCUUUCAUCAAAUGUAUCGACAGUUUGUUUUCCUAUUGUUCAUUUGAAAUUAACGAUUCAAGUAGGAAUGAGAGCUUUCAAAAGUACAUCACAUCUAUUUUUAUAUAUUCUCUUAUUUGGAGCGUGGGUUCUAAUACCUACAAAAGAGGCAGAAAAAUUUUUAAUGAAUUUUUGUGCAAACAUAUUUUAAGACAUAAUUUGAAACUAACUUUCGAAACACUGGAGGGAAAACUUAUACAUAUUCGCGAAUUCAAUGAAAGCAAUAGUAUCAACUCACCGCAUUCAUCUCAGAACACCAAAACAGCUCAGUCUUAUCUGAAUAAUACCUUGUCUACAUCUAUCAAAGAAGCAGGAAAUACCAAAGCUAUGAAUGGGGAAAAUUCCAAAUUUCUCAAAUUUAUCGAGACUAAUGGUGCAGAUGGUGGAGGAAUCACGGGUACUAUAAAAACAAAUACCAUCAAGAGUGAUGUCACAAAUGAAAGGGGACAAGACGAGACUCACAAUUUACAUGCACAUGAGAACGAUGGUAGUAGAAUUGGAAAUUGCAGCAUAAAUGAUAGUAGUGAUAGCAAUAGUGAUAAUGAAUCUGAUAUAGACAUAUACAACGAGAAGAAUGAAUGCGUGGACAAAUACUAUGAAAAUAUCAAUAACAUAUAUGACUACUACCUACGAACUUAUAGAAAAUGCAGGAACUUGUUUAAGAACUAUGAUUUACGUAUAGAAGGGGAAAAUGAUUAUAUGUUUUCCAAGUGUUAUGGAAAUUGCAGCUCAGAUUCUAACUCAAGCAACGAUGAGAGAUACAUGAAAAGGAAGAGAAAGAAAAAGAGAAAAACUUGCAAUAACGAACAUGCCUCAGGAAAUGUGGAUGACAUAAUGAACAAUGUAAGUUACUACAAUGAUGUGUACAGAUUAACAGAAACAGUAAGUGAGAGUAGAAGUGGAUAUAUUUGCGAAUCUCCAAGUGGGAAUAGAGAAGCGAAACUAGGAUUGAACUUAUUUGAUUUUUACUUCAAAUAUGAAAAGAACGUCUUGAGUCAUCUGAACAGCAAGGAAAAUAAAUUUACCAUGAUAGAGGAAUACAUGAAUAACACAGAGAUAAUGAUCAAACAGAAGAAACACAUGUCGAUGCUGUACAAUAUUGAUAUAUUCAUGAAAAACAAGAAGAAUGUUAUAAUAUCUGGUUGUAGCAAUAUCGGGAAAUCUCUAACUGUGGAUUAUUACCUAAAUAAGGUAAUGCAAAAAGAUAGGUUUUUUACUGUUGAUUUUUAUUUUUCCAAUAGCACCACGAGUAAACAUGUGAGAAAUUAUAUCGAAUCAAAAUUGACAAAGAGAAGAAGUAAUUUCUACGGAACGACCAAUAACAGAAUUUGUGUUUUUUACAUUGAUGAUAUAAAUAUCGAAACAGAAGUAGGAUCUAUAGAGAGAAGUCAUUAUUUAUCUUCUCAUGAAUUUUUAAGAAUGUUAUUUAAUUAUAAAUUUUUCAUUGAUCAAAAUUUGAACGUAAAAUAUGUAGAAGAUUUAACAUGUCUAGCUACUAUGAAUAAUGCAUACACAAAUACCACCCCCAGUAGUAGACUGUAUAACAACUUUAAUAUUAUUUACUAUAAUAAUUAUAAUUAUAAAGAAAUAUAUCACAUAUUUUUUAGUUAUUUGAAUAGCUUAUUUAGCGCAUACGACAUUAGCAUUAAAAGUUUAGCGAACCAUUUAAUAGGAAUGCAAAUAGAUAUUUAUAAACUUGUGAAAGACAUGAAAUAUAAUUAUUACUACUACAAUGUGGAAGAAAAUAAUGGAAAAGAAAUUUUUUUACAUUCUUUUAGUAUAAAUAAUAUUAAAAAUAUUUUCAAAUACAUUAACUAUUUAUCUAAAAAUAUAAAUACACGAAAAGAACAAAUGUUACUUUAUUUUCUGUAUGAAAAUAAAUCUCUUUACGUGGAAAGUUUUAAGUCCAAAAAUGCUAAAAAAAAAUGUGAAGAAAUUAUUAAAACAAUUUUUAAAAAAUAUUUUUAUGAAGAUGAAUAUGAAAAUUUAUUUAAAGAGUAUGAUAAUAAUCUCCUUUUUUGUAAUUUUCUCAAUCUAUACCAAAGUGUGUAUGAACAAGUGUACGAUUUAAAUGAUCUUUACAACUGUGUGCAUUCUUAUAUAUCUGAAUAUGGCAAUAGUGAAAAAAUAAACCUCAUUCUAUUCGAUAAUAUACUCACAUACAUAUGCAAAAUCACCAAAACAUUUAUGACAGAAAAUUCGCAUAUACUAUCCAUUGGUAUAAAUGACUCUAUUAAAAAAAGUGUGAACAAAAUUUGUGCCUUCAUAAUUAAUAAAACGUUGGUCUUGUCAGAGUUAAAUAAAACUAGUAAAUCUGUAGCGUUUAUAGAAGAAAUUAAAAGAUGCUUAUUCGAUUGUGGUAUUUAUGAAAAGCAAUGUAUUUACUACCUGAGCGAUGAAAAUAGUAUCCUAAAUUUCAUGUUAGAAAAUUUGAACAAUAUUUACAAUUAUGGAGAUAGCUACCUCCUAUACAAUGAAGACAAUUUAAAAAAAAUUUACAGUGAAUGUAAAAACAAAUGUGAAGAAGAACACCUCGUUAGAAACUUAACAAAUAUUUAUAGCAUUUACAAAAAAAAAAUUCGAAAAUGUUUUCACGUAAGCUUAAAUAUUUCCACCAAUAGCUCAGAUCAAAUUCUCAAGUACCCCUACAUUCUCAAAAAUUCUAGUAUCAUUUAUUUUGAGGAAGAUAACAAUGAAGGGCUACACAUUAUUACAAAAAAUUUCUUCAAAAAUGCUGAGGAGGUGAAGAAGGGCCAAUUGCAAAAUGAAGAUAAGCCCAUGGAGAGGGUGGAGAAAGAAGCAGUGGUGGAGUGUGAGGAGGGAACUGAUAGAACAGACCCAACUGAUGGAAUGCACAAAUCAAUUGGCGAGGGGAGAAUCGAGGCGUGUGAGAAACAUCGCCUUGAGGGUUGUAAUAGGGAUUCAGGAAGCAACAUGCUGCAAGAAAUCGAUCUGGAAAUGGUUAACCACGACAAAGAACUCAAGUGUGUCGAAGGAAUAAUAGAGAGUAAAGUAUUUAUCCGAAUCCAUAAGGAAAUAAUUAAUUUGGCAAAGAAAUAUGAGGAGGAAAAGAAAGUACGAAUGUGCAUAAAUUCGAACAAGUAUGUUCAUUUUUUGCACUACUUUGACUAUUUCUAUAAUUUAAAGAAAAUGGAAUUCGAUAAGAAUAUUGACCUGUACAGUAAGGCAUUAAAAAAACUACACAAGUGCGAGCAAGAUAUAAAGACAAUGAAAAAUUAUUUAUUAAACAUGCAACCUGUGUUGAAUAGCACAAAUAUCGAAAUGAAAAAAAAGGUAAACGAAAUAGAAAGAAAAUCAAAGGAUGCAUAUAUAAAACAAACAGAAAUUAAAAAGAAAGAAAAUGAAAUGAAAACAAAAAUAAUAAGUAUUACAGACUUAAAAAAUGAAGUAAAUGAAGAAAUAUCAAAAAGUUUUGCCUUGCUAAAUGAUUCAUUAAACAAUUUAAAUAAAUUAAAAGUUGAACAUUUAAGAGAGUUGAAAGCAUUUGUUAAUCCACCUGCAAUUGUCGUUAUGGUCAUACAAUGCAUUUUAACAUUCCUAAAAGAAGAUGAAAAAUAUUUACAAGGAAAAUUAAUCAGACCUAAGACACUAAACUAUUGGGUUCUAGCACAAAAAACUAUUUUCAGAGAUUCUAAAGUUUUCCUAGAUAAUCUGAAACAUUACGACAAAAAUUUAAUCGAAGAAGAAAUGAUAACCAAGAUUUCUCCACUAAUUAAAAAUAAAAACUUUAAUCCCAAGUUUGUACGAAAGGCAUCAAAAGCCUGUGAAACGAUGUGUCAAUGGAUUUUGGCCAUCUAUCAUUAUUUUAUUAUUAAUAAAGAUUUACAACCAAAGAAAGAUGAAGUUGUUACAUUAGAAAAAGAAAUAAAUAAGGAACUAAACUACCUAGAAAUUUGUAAAGAGGAACUGAGCAUUGUCAACAACAAUUUAAAUAUUAUCGAAAAAGAGAAAGAAGAAAUUAUGAUAAAACAAAAUGAAUUAGUAAAUAAGAUAGAAAAUAUAAAACAGAAAAUUACAAGAUCAAAAAUUAUUCUCUCUUACCUUCUAGAACAAGAAAUAAAAUGGAAUAAUAAAAAAAAAAAUUUCAUAAAAAAAAGGGAUCUACUUGUUGGAGAUUGCAUAAUUGUAUCGUCUCUCAUCAAUUACAUGUCUUAUUUUUCUUAUGAAUACAGAGCAAUUAUUAAAUUAAAAGUUCAAAAAGUUCUAAACAUGCAUAACGUUGAAUAUACAAAAGGAAUUUCCAUUUACAAAUUUCUAGAAUCCAAAAUUAAUAUAGAAAAAUGGAUAUCUUAUGGAUUAACUAAUAGCAAGUUUUAUUUCGAAAAUAUUGUCAUAAUGAAUAAUAGUAUCAAGUACAAUUUGUUAAUAGAUCCACAUUUCAUAGUUACCAAUUUUUUAAAAAAAUUUUAUUAUAAAAAAAAAGAUGUACAAAUUUUGAGAAAUAAUAGUUCUAAUUUUAUUGAAAAAAUAGAAAGAUGCAUGCAGUUCGGGAAUAUCAUCCUUUUUACACAUUACGACGAUGACUCCAGCGUUCUCUUUAGUUCCCUCUUUAAUUACAAAAUUAACAAAAGUUUAAAAUGUUUUCAAAGCGAGAGCAAUGGAGGAGAAGGAAGGGGAGACGAAAAGUACUUAGGCAAGCGUACCACUUUUGUCAGUUCUCUCCAACCAAAUGUGAUGAGAGCAGAAUGUUUAGACACAUCAAACGGAAAAAUCAAUAAUGCAGAGGUUGUAGGAUGCACAAACGAGACAGUUGAACCGCACAUGAACCUCACUAACAAAUCUCCACCAGAGAAGAACAAGGAAAAAAGGAACAAGAGUGCAAAAGACAAUUGCAUAAAUUUUAACAAUAAAAUAAUAACAGUAGAUAGCUCCUUUAACAUUUAUUUUAUCGUUUAUGGAAACAGCUGUUUUGAUGAAAACACACAGAAUCAUUUAAACAUAAUCGAUUUUAACAUUAACUUAAGAAUAUUAGAAGAAUAUUUCUUGGAAAAUUUAAUAGAGAAAUUAUUUAAAAGUUCCAAUGAAAAUAAAAGUGCAUUAAUUCAUCAGAUUCAUGAUUUAAAUAAUGAAAUGAUAAAUAAAGAAAACGAAAUUUUACACAUUUUAAAUUAUAAAGAAGACAUCCUAAGUGACGAUGAUAUUGUCAUUAGUUUCGAAAAUGCAAAUAAAAUAUUCCAUGAAAAUGAAAAAAAAAUUAAAGAGUAUAAAAUCAACAAGAAGGAAAUUAUGAAAAUAAGAAAAAAUUACAUUAGUAUAUCAGAACAUAUAUCUGUCAUAUAUCAUUGUAUAAACAAUUUAGUUACACUAAAUACUUUAUACAAUUUUUCAAUUAUAACCUUUGUGGAAUUACUAAACAUUUGUAUUGACAAAUCGGAAGAAAACAAACUCCUCGAUAAGAGAAAAAAAGACAUAUUAAACAUUUUUACGAAAAAAAUACAUUAUGAAAUUUCUAGAACCUUAUCUGAAAAGCAUCAGCAAAUUUUCUUUUUCUACCUCGUGUGCAUGAUAAACAUAUAUAAGGGAGAAAUCGAGUAUGAUGAUUAUUUUUUCUUUGUGUAUGAUGAUUAUCCACAAGAGUCUGGUGUCAGAAAUGAGGUAGUCCUAAUGGUGCAAACAAAAUGGAAUGAAAAAUGUAAGGGAAAAAAUGAUUUAGGAAAUACAGCUGUAGUGGAUCCUUCCAUUUUGAAGGAUCCAUGUGAUAGUACUAUUAGAGGGGAAGAAGAACCCAGCUCUGACGAAGAUAUGGAAUCAAUGAGUGAAAAUGAAAAUGAUAUUCUGCUGGACAAUGUGUCUAUACAUAGUCUCGAGUCCAAUGUAUACAAUUUUGAGGAGGAGGAGGAGGAAAAAUUGAAAAAAUGCAAAACAGGAAUCGGAUACAAGAGUAAAAGGAAAAUAAUAACAGAGAUGAAUCCUGGUGAUCUCAAAAAUAGUGUCAUGGAGGAGUACCUUUUACUUCCGAAGAAAAAUUCAAAAGAUGAUUUCCUAAACUUGUGCGAAGAUAAUAUAUUACUUGAGAAAGGAGCAAAUGUACACAAUAAUGAAUCAGAUGAACGGUUUGAGGGAAGAUUAGAUGCUGAGGGAGGAGAGGUAGCAAAAUUUACUUUCAAUUUCGAAACGAAAAAUUUGUCUUGGUUAAAUGCGAAAGAAUAUAUGAGCGUGAAGAAAUUAAUAAAAAAGGAAAAAUAUUUUUUAUUUUUUAAAAAGGUUUUUAACGAAUAUGAACAUAUUUUUAGAAAUAUCAAAACAGAUCACACAAUAUUGCAACACAAGGAUAUCAAAAAUUUACUAACAAAUUUCGAAAAACUAAUUAUUUAUAAAAUUUUUCGCUUUGAUAUACUCAAACUGAAUAUGAAUAAUUAUGUAGACACAUGUUUGAACAUAGGUUCACAAAGUAAUCCAAAAGAUUUGUACAAAUGCUAUGAACAUUCAUCUAAAAAUAAAUUAAUUUUAAUUUUGUCUGAACAUCGUUUAAACACAGCUAGCGAAGUUAUGCUACUAAGUGAAAAAAUUACUGGAAAGAAUAACCUAAUAAUUUAUAACAAAAAUGACAAAAAUUAUUUGCUUCAGAUAUUAAACGAUGCUAUUAAAAAUGGAUUCUGGGUUCUAAUCGAAAAUGCACAUCUGAACAUUCACCUCAUAUUAGAAAUUGAAAAAUAUAUAGAAGUAUGCAACAUUCAGUAUUCCAACCCAGACUUUAGGAUAUGGAUAAGUACUAGCUCUGUCAAACAUUUCCCAGAUUAUCUGCUCAAGCUAUGUGUAAAAGUUACCUUUGAAAAUGUGCACAAUUUAAAGUCCGGUUUGUUGAAUAUUUACACGAACGUGGCGCAAGAGCUAGAGAUGGACGAUGAGGUGGAGGAAGAAGAAGAAGAAGAAGAGGAAGAGAGAGAAGUUGAAAACGAGCAGAAUGAUGAGGAGUAUCAUGGAGAGGAGAAAAACUAUAUACAAGAGGAUCAGUUAGAGGUAGAACGGUGCGAUGGGGAAUCUUCGCAAAGUAAUAACGACAACGAAAAUAAUGUUAAUGUGGAAACAUCGUGGAAGAAAAAAGAUGAAAGAGAAAAAUUCGUAAACCAUGGAGGAAGGAAAAAGGAAAAAGGGGUAGUUCCUAGAAGAAAAAUCAAAAGGAACACAAAAAGAAGCGAAAAUGAAAACAUCUUGAUGAAUAAGCUAAAUUUCAGUUUGUGUUUUUUCCACGCAUUAAUACAAGAAAGGAGUAAAUUUAAAAGCAAAGGAUUCAACAAUUGUUACGAAUUUACAGACAUAGAAUUAAAAUUAUCUAAAGAAAAUAUAAGCAAAUUUUUUAAUAAUAAAAACCUAGACAUAAAUCUGUUAAUAUAUUUAAUUGGAAAUAUUAUUUAUGGUGGAAUAAUAAUAGAUGUAACAGAUCAAAGAUGUUUUAAUAUUAUUUUGAAAAAAUAUAUAAAUGAAAAAGUUAUAUAUUCAAAUAAUGAAUAUAAAUACAAUAACUACUACUACUGUCCUCACAGUUCAAACAAAAGUAUUUUUUUAAGGUAUAUAAAGUCAUUAAAUUUUAUCACUGAUUUUUCUAUUUUUAAUUUACAUUCAUCUCUAAACUCUUUAUAUUUACAAAAUUAUAAUUUAAAAAUCCUAAAAAAUCUAGAAAAAUUAGAAUAUAAUGUAACAAAGGAGAAAACAGAUAUCCAUAUAUUUUCCAUUAUUGAUGUGUUAAGACAGAUUCUACCUCCUUUCAUAGAUUCGAAUACAUUAAAUGAUUCUUUCUUAAACAAUUUAAAUUGUUCUAUUAUUACAUUUUUAAAAAUGGAAACAGAUAAAUAUAACAGUUUACUCAGAAUAAUUUACGAUGAUUUGACUAGUAUAAUUAAUUUUGUAAAAGGAAAAAUUAAUUUCAAAAACAUUUCUCACACGUACAAUUCUAUAUCCAAUUUGUGCGUACCUAAGAGAUGGAUUGAUAGUUCCUUUUUUACCAACCUGCAGUUAUUUCAUUACGCAAAAUUGAUUAGACAGAAAGUUUCCUACGUAAGCAGAUACAUAAGCAACUUGGACAACCGGAUCUUUAACUUGGCUGCCUUCAUGUCCCCUAGGAGCCUAAUGCUAGCCAUUCGACAAAAAAUUUGCAAUGAAAUAAAGAUGGAUGCAAAUAAAGUAAAACUAAAGUACGAAAUUUCUUCAUACUACAACGAGGAAGAUAUAAAGGAGGAAGGGUAUUUUGUUGGUGGAUUAUUCAUAGAAGGAGCAAUGUUUGAUGUCACUAAUAUGAUCAUUAAAGAGUCUACAAACAAACACCUCUACUGUCCCAUGCCUUAUAUCAAAAUAUAUUUCCUCACGAGAAAGUCGUCUAUCCUUAUGCCUGUCACCAGGUACAUUCACAAGCCUGCCGCGAAGUCUGCUAAUAAACUUUGUGUUAAAAACAGAAACCACAGUUCCAAUUUCCACAUUUUCAAGUGCCCCAUAUAUAAGAAUAUACAUAAAACGGACAAUCACCUAAAUAACAGCGACCCUGUAUUCUACUUAAAAUUAAAUUCGAAGGAGAGAAAGGAAAAAUGGAUCGAACGAAAUGUAUCCGGUGUUUUAAUAUUAAAAUGA